UCUAUAUUCCACACUCAUCAUUCUUAAUUAGAUCAUUUUACAAGAUCAAGUAAGGAACAAGUUAAAUACUUAACUACACCCUGAUAUGUAAGGGGUGCAACCAAUAUCAAAUACAGUUAUACAGUUAUAUUCUUAUCUACAUAACCAUACAUAACCAUAGGCGUGUACAGAAUGCAACCGAUGUCUGUUUAUCUUUUCAGAUGCGGUUAACCACAACUUCCUUAUCUCCAGCUGCAGGAGGGUGGGGUACCCCCGGUGACCACGUGGGGGCCACGUGGAGACCACGUGGACCGGAAACCGGAAGGCGGGACUAAGGACUGAAAGGACGAUUCUGAUUGGCUGAAAAAUGGACAAAGGGGGCGGGGCCACCUGUCAAAUUAAGUUUGAUGAAAGGCUUUCAGGCUGACAACACAGACAACACGUCUGUGACAGCGGACUGGAGGAGCUGCUUCGAUGGAGCCACAAGAACAGAUUUAUAUGAAUGUAGAGGAGCUGGGUGUCGUCUGCAGCACUGCAGGAGGGGGGACUGGAACCAUUCCUGUGAGAACAGAUGUUGUGGCCAGAGAGGAAACUGAAACCUGGUCAUGUUCUAAAGUGGCUACACUUUGUCUGGGGCUGCUGUGUUUCCUCCUGCUGGUCAUAGUCAUAGGAGUCAGUGCACUGUAUAACAAACAGGUUCAUCAGCUGUCCAGAGUCCUGGCCAAUUACACAGCAGAGAAACACCAGCUCCUGGUCAGAUACCAGAACUUAACUGAUGAGAGAGACCAGUUACAAACCAGUUUCAACAGAGUGAUGGAGAACACUGGAACGUGCCCUAAUGGGUGGAGGAGGUUUGGCUGCAAAUGUUACUACUUUUCGACCACACUGGGCUCAUGGCCUAACAGCAAACAGCAGUGUUCAAACCAAAGAGCAGACCUGGUAAUCAUUAACAGCCGGCAAGAAAUGGAGUUCCUGAAUCAACUUGGAGCUCAUUUGAAGUUUUGGAUUGGAUUAAGUCAAACACCCAGCCAAUCUAUGUGGGUGUGGACUGAUGGAACAUCACUUGGAACCGCGCACUGGCAGAAUGGAAUCCCGAUUUAUUACCAGCACUAUAGGACUCAGAGUUGUGCAGCUUUCAACAGCUUUCAAGCUGGAGGCUUUGAGCAGACAGUUAAGUCAUGGAGCAUGGAGCAGUGUACCCAGUACCUACGGUGGGUAUGUGAAAGAGAAGCUGACAUGCCCCUUUGAUUCUGGUACACCUGCAAGUUUUAAGACAUUAUAUUUGGGAGAAAGGACACUGUACAUACCAAAUGGUGAACUCUGACUAGAGGUACAGUUGUAGAUGAUUGUUACUAAUAAUGCAGAUGAUGAUGAAGCAUGUUUAUCCCUAUGACCAAUGUUAGGUAUUUUUAGUCAGAUAGAAAUUGGAUAGAUAC